AUUAUCUUUUUCGAUUCAAGUCAGAUAACCCUUCCACUUCCUGUUUAUAUUUUGUUUCACAACAUGAGAAAAAAAUUUCGAAAUAAACACAGAAAAAACAAAGUAAGGAAUAACCAAUGUGUUAUAUCAAAGGAUCCAGGGAUACAGAAUGAUGUGACUUUGUGUGAUUAUGCAGACUCAUCUAAGACACCAAUCUCUGACUCUGUUAGAGUGAAGAAAGCCAUUUCAUCAAUAGCUACAAACAUUAAAUAUCAAAGAAAAGACAUGAACACAGACAAUAGUGAUCUCAGCUGGUUUGAGAAAGAUUUGGAGGAUUUUGAUGUGUUAGAUGAUGUGGGUGAGGAGAACUCGGAUGAAGAUGAUACAACCAAAACUGAAACAAAAGCUUUAAGACCCCGAAAGAAAUGCAAAGAAAAAGAGGAGAACGUAGGGAGACAUGUUUACCCUGUUGACAUCUGGUUCACUCUGGCCGCCUACAUUGACCCUGAGGCUGUGAGGAACUUCGCGACCUUGUGUAAAGAUUCGUAUCUAGUGACCAGGACAAGGCAGUUUUGGAAAAACCUUUAUACAAGGUUUUGUGCUAAUAAUAUGCACCUGCCUGUUGAGCUGCAGAUAGAAUGCCUGGAGCGAGCCCAAGGACUUAGGUACAGAGUGGUCCGGGCUCUCUUCUGGUCUUACCCUCUAUUUAUUUCAAGAACAACAACCAAUUUGCCAUUUGAAAAUGAGCCCUACCAUCUAAAAGGAAACAGGUGUCUGUUUACAUGGACUGAACCCUUUAAAAAUGUCUGGAACUUUAGCUUUAAGUUGAAGAAAGAGCGACUUUCUCAUAUUAACAAACUGACAACGCUGAUGGCUUUACCGGGUCGAGUGAAUCUGUACGACGGUUACUGUGAUGUGUAUGGACACGAUGAAAUCGACUGCUAUGUAUUACAAGUGACUUGUCAAAAUUAUCAGAGCUUUUUAUCAGUGAUGGGAUUAGUAUUGUGCAAUGUUUAUUUGAAGGUCAGCCAGGAAAGUCGUUUCUACUGUCUCCGCCUUCAUUUUGACACAUCAAUGAAAGAGUCGACCAAUCAAAACAGGGACGUUGUUGGUGAUACUGUGAUUUUCUUGGACCGUGUUGUUAAUCUAAAAGUGUUUCCAUGGUGGCACUCUAAAUACCCUUUUAAAUGAAAACUUGUUAAAACUUAUGAAUACUCAGGUACUGUUAUAAAUUAUGCUACAAGCAGGAACUACUGUCGUAUGCAGCUGGUGUGCUUUUUAGAAAUUUAUUGACAUACUGGUUUUAUGACAGGGGCUGUUUUUCACAUAUCUGUAUUUUAUUAUACCUGUUUGUUUGUUUUGGGAAACUGUUUAAGAUUAAUAAUAAUGAAUAAAAAAUUGUUUCAAAUA